CUAAACAAAUAGCGGAUUAACACACAUGCGCUGUCAGCAUUUCUGGGCGCCGCGCCGUCAGCCCAGUAUUUGAGUAUUCAUUGCGGUGAGUUUUCGUAUGCAGCUUUGGAAAGUUCGCUGGCACCCAAUGUCAAGCAAAUGCACGUUUAUUUGAGCGACGAUGGCAGUAGCGGCAGUGCUGACCUGGUUAUACGCUAUGCGGACCAUGUGGAGACACUAUCCGUAGAUAUCACUGAGUACGAGUCGUUCAGAAAACUGUUCAAGAGGCUAACAGGCGGGCUGCCUGUUGUAUAUUCACAGCUGCGCACGUUCAAGACAUCGUCUUACAUUUGUGGGAUACGCAAUGACAACAGCUACACACUCCAGGCUAACCCUUUCCCGGAGCUGCGGCGACUCGUAUGCAAGGAGAUAUAUCCAUUCCCCACCAGCCUUGUGCUUCUAUGGAUCCAGCCUACGGUAGAGGUGGUGAAGGUGACCCUGUAUGGCGAGGUGUAUGAAAGGUUUGCCAGAGAUGGCGUGUUCUCUGCUGGCUCGUUCCCAAAUCUGCGCUAUAUGGAUCUGACAUGGGAUGUAACUGAAAAUGAGCAUUUGUAUGUUGACCCAAUAUGCGAUCUCAGGCGCUUACUGUCGCUCAGUCCGGUUCUCGAAAAAGGCAUUUUCAAAGUACGCGUCGCUCGUCCCAAUCGGACAAUGACCGCCUUGUAUAAAUGCGGGUAUGAAGUGGACUUGAACAUAGCUGGCGUCGAGUUCACCAUUGCCGAAGCAAUCCGGUUGAUCAGCAAGUUCCCUGGGCUGCAAUCAAUGGCAGUGAUACUGAAAGACAAUGGGGACGCUAACGAGCGAGGAUGUAUUUCUGAUGCCGAUAUCGAGGUGUUCCAGCAAAAGAAUGUGCCCCCAGUGAGUGCAAGGCUCACCAGAUUGUGCGUCGCAGUUGUUAACUUUACCUCAUGUUCAUACACGGCACUGCACAUCUUGCUGAUGGCCAGUAUCUUCAAGUCCAUCAAGCGAAUCGAGAUUGACAGCGUUGGUAGUAAGCCCAACAGCGAAAUUCUCGCAGCAUUUGACAAGGCCAAAGAAUGCAGAUACUUUAACAGGGACGCGCAAGACCGAGUUCGAUGCAUGGAGGCUAGGCUGUCUGGGAACCGCAUAUACUUGGAUUUCGAAUUCGAUGAGGCGAAUCAGAUAUAGCUUGUGGCGUGAAGACUAGAAUAGGAGUAAACACAUCUAGCGUGUCCCGCUUUGAGUUUGUGUUCCAAUAUCAAUUGUUUAAUAUCUGCAAUGCGACUGUCGUUUUGC